UUGGGGGCGUGUCCCCCGCACGGGCCCGGCAGGGGGCCGGGCUCUGGCACAUCCCUGCAGCCGCCACCGCCGUGCGCCGUGUGGACGGAGCCCGACUCGGGCCUGGCGAGCGGGGUUUGCAGCCGCUCGCUGCCCGCCGCGGGAUAAAUGCGCCAGGGGCGGCGCGGGCGCCCCGGGCAGUGAGGGGGAGGUCGGCCGGCCCCGCGCUCUCCACCCCCGGCGGGGCCUGCGGGCGGCCCCAUGGCUUUCACCCGGAAGAGGCGGCAGGAGCAGCAGCUCUACUCCAAGGAGAGGUUUUCGCUGCUCCUUCUUAAUCUGGAGGAAUAUUAUUUUGAACAGCAUACGGCUAAUCAUAUUAUAAACACAGACUGCAGAGAUGAAAGGAAAAUCAGAGGUUCACUAAAAAUCUGCUCAAAAUCAAUUAUUUUUGAACCAGAUGAGAAAAUCCAGCCCAUUAUUAAGAUCCCAUUGCGAGACUGUAUUAGUAUAGAAGCACCAGAAGAUAAUGAAGCAAAUAAUCCUUUCACCUGGUAUACACCUGGAGUGAUUUCUGUUGUAUCCAAUCAGGUAAGAAAAACAUAUAACAAAUUCAUGGUUCAUAACUAAGAAAAGUUUUUUCUAGGAUUUCUUUAAGCAUUUUCAAAAAACAAUAUUGGACACAAUGAACUAGAAAAUAAUAUGCCACAUUACCGUUCUUAGCAUCUUUCAUAAAUAAGUAAAUACAGAAAAAAAGAAAUGUUCAACUCAAACUUAGUUGACGUUGACAUGUUGAGGGUAUCUCUUGAAUAGAUGGUAAGUCAGAUACGAUAAAUUUACCUCCAAGCUCAAUUGCAAAUUGCCUAGUAAAGAUAAUAUUUUCAGAAAUGAAUGGAUACAGGAGGAUCACUUUUAUCAUUAAAAACCAAGGGAGGUGUAUUUCAACUUUGAUACUUCUUGUUUUGGUCUUUCUAUAUCUCUUGCAGUUUUUCUGACUCUCCACUACCAUCAUGGCUUGCUUACAUCUGUCUUUUCAAAGAUUCAAGUGGAAAACUCAGUUCAAAGAUUGGACUCUACUGUGUGUGCAUUUAAAAUUUUCAGUAACUGAACAUGAAGUAUGGAAGUAAUGUUAGAGCAUGGAAUGUCUUGGAUAUAGUUAAUUCAAAUUUGCAAAUAAUGUUCAACACUCUAAGCUUCAUUUAAAAAAAUGGAGCGGAUCUAAAGAUUUCAAAAUUAGAAAGACUUCAACAAAAAAUGGACACACUUUUCAUGAAAUCUUUUGAGAAAAAAAUUCAACCCAUUUUCAUUUUGGUCCACUGGUAGAUUUCACACUUGUAAUCUUGUUUUUGCCCUAAUAAAGAACAAAUUGCUACAGUUGAAAAUUAAUUUGGGCAGGUCACUAGACUGUCUACAUGGGAAAGUUGUACUAGUUAUACUGAUGUAGUUAUACCCAGUACAGUUAGUUAUUCUAUUUUCAGUGUAGAGCUGCUGUGAAAAUGGCAUUAUGGGUCCAUGGCAACAACUUCUAUAUAAAAUGUCCUCUGUUUACAAAUAUAAAGAUGCCUUUCUAACAACCAGUCCUGCAAACUCAGUCAGGUCCCUAAGAGUGGAGCUAUGUUCUUUUCCUUUUCGUCCCCACACUCUCCUGUUAAAGUUGUGAAGAACAAAACACAUUAGCCCAAUCUGUAGUCCAAGGAGGAUUCCUCUUGCAGUAUCUCAAAAACAUCUUUUAUAAUAGAAAGUGUUCGGCAAACUAAAUAUGAGGUAGUUAGGUGCUACCAUCUCCUUCCUAUAACACUGCUCUACAGCCAAAAUGCUUCUGAAAUAAAUGUAGUCAAACUUUACUAAUUCUGGGUCACUGAGAACGAAAAUGAUGCUUAAAAUUGUUGUUUGGCUCUAGUUUUCAAG